AUGGUAAUAGCAACUGACGAAGUAUGGGAUGGGUAUAUUACGUCACAUCUGUUCGCCGAAAAAGUCCGUGGAAAACAUAUCGAAAGAUUCACCGAUCUGGCUUUCAUGUUCGGCAGCGACUGUGCCCAUGGCUCAUUUACGAGCACCGCUUAUUUGUCACCAUUGUCUGGUCGUCGUCGAUCUAGAAAUGAAUUCAAUACUGAUUCUGAAUCCGAUGAUAUUGGGACUGAGACAGUUCGCCUUUCCUCUGAUUCUGGGGAUGACCACGAUAGUGGUUCAGCCUUUCGUGCCAUCGAUGGAUCACAGCGGGUGCACAGUGUUAGAACAGUACUUGUAGAGACCUCUAGGGGCUCAAAAAGUACUAACUCAACCGCAACAAGCUAUACCCGACAAAAAAGGAGUAAGGCGAGUGAUGUCAUCGGUGAUCGAAUGGGAGAAGUGGCUGAAGCUGUCAAGUCUCUUACCAUCACAAUGUCUCAGGGCAAAACAAUGGCUACACUGCAGAGACUAUUGAGCAUACUUGAAAAAGUUGAUGGUCUCAGUCCCGAGGACCAAAUACGGGCUGCCCAGUUGAUGCGGGGGGAUCUUAUUAGCGCUGGAUAUUUCUUGAAGAUUGGCCAUGAGAAGAGAAAGGAGUAG